AUGGCCUCACAUUUGUUAAAUUAUGAAACUUUUAUCGAAAUUCAUGUUCACCAGCUCAGAGCAUCAGGAGUGCCAGAAAUCUACUGGGAAAAUUUGUUUGUCAAACUCAAAACAGAGAAAAUCUUAUUUGAAACCACACAGCUGUAUGAUGCAGGGAUGAUAUUUGAGAUGCAGAUCGACCCUGAUGCAGCAAAUGACAGCGUUUUUGGUGGCUGGCGAGUCAUGUGCACCUCAUCUCGACCAAUUAAACUUGAUGACCCUCAACACAUCUACCUCAUUGACCAUGCAUGGACCUACCAGAUUGAGGACAUGCGGGCAGCCCUAGACGCUGUUCCUGGCCUUGUGGAGAGGAUGGUGAAUUUGAUGAAUUUGGAACCUGCUGGCUCGAGCAUGGAGGAGCAGAUAGAAGCAAUUUUGGACAAAAUGUGGUGCUUCAACCAGACCUACAGUUUUGGAAACUUUGAUUUGGGUUCUGAAGCUGCCAAGCCCAAGUGGUAUAUUAUGGAUGAAUUUGGGAGUCGUAUCCAACACUCAGACACACCCAACUUUCGGGUUGUCCCAUUUUUCUAUACGGGUGCUGGCAUCGCAUACUCCAUCAUGUGGCCAAUUAUGGAAGUGGAAAAUGGUGAUGAAGCAACAAGGGACUUUGUGGAUGGAGAACUUGAUCCUGCCAAGCGCAGUGCACGCCUCAUUCCUUGGAUGCCCCAAGACAUGACAGAUAUUAGCUUUACUCAAGUGGAGCCAGAUGUUUCCUAUUUCCAGAGCUACAGGCAGGAUGAAACCUGGCCAUCAGCUGACUUUGAGUGUGAAGGUCUGCCAAGGGAUAGAAAUCUCAGGGUGUACAUUGACUACAAAGAUCUGAGGGAGCAGCUGACCGAUGGGCGGUUUGAUAUUGUCUUUGACCCCCUUGAUGCUGAUAUUCUCUGGUACUGCUCACAUUUUCAUGACUUCAAAACAUUUAGUGAAUCAAGGCCUAACUGCUUGAUCAAUCAAUUUCCAUGUGAAAACGUUCUGACUGUGAAGGACUUGCUGGCAAUUACAGCCAGACGAGCGGCAGUCACUGCUAAAACAGAUCAGGACCCAUUCAAAUCAAAUCCAAAAUGGCUGCCUGUAACAUACAACCUAAACACAGAAUUGUCCAAAUUUGUCUCCUAUUUUCAGAACAGACAGAAAAGGGGCUUGGAUAACCAUUGGAUUUGUAAGCCAUGGAACUUAGCUCGUGGCCUUGAUACCCAUGUAACCAAAAAUCUCAAUAGGAUCAUACGGGUUAAUGAAUCAGGACCAAAGGUGGCCUGCAAGUAUGUGGAGAACCCAGUUCUGUUUUUUCGUUCAGACAUUGGGAGUUUUGUCAAGUUUGACCUCCGCUUCAUUGUUCUUUUGACCAGCGUUGAACCUCUGCAGCUUUAUGCUUAUGAGGUGUUCUUUCUGAGGUUUUCUAACAAGGCUUUCUCUUUGGACUCCUUGGACGAUUAUGAAACACAUUUCACUGUCAUGAAUUAUCUGGAGGGAAGCACAGACAAGCUGUACCAGAUGCACUAUGAUGAGUUUAUAUCAGAGUUUCAAGACCAGAACCCAGCAUUCACGUGGACUGAAGUUGUGAAUGACAUCUUUAGGGCUCUGAAAGAAUUAUUUACGGCUGCAGUUUCUGCACCCCCACCAAAAGGUAUCUGCCCCUCUCCACAGUCUCGUGCAAUGUACGCUGUUGAUCUCAUGCUGGCCUGGGAUAAACAACCUUCUGGAGAACGUGUGCAGCCCACAAUUCUGGAAGUGAACUUUGGUCCAGACUGUGCAAGAGCCUGCAAAUAUCAUCCUUCCUUUGUGAAUGACAUCUUCAGUGUACUCUUCAUGGAUGAUACUGAGGGCAAACGAGUGGUACCUUUAUGA